AAUCAACUGUCAUGUCUACAAAAGACAAGCCGUUAAAAAUUUUCAAUUCAAGUUUGCGGUUUAAUGAAGGAAUAAGAAAGAAUUAUUUUGUUUACGUUUUGUGAAAUGUAAUUUUCAUGUGAUUAAUUUAUAAGAUUUGUUGUUAUUUAUCUAUUAGAUAUUUGAAAACGAACAAAAUGAGCACGGACAACUCAGAAUCGGGGUACAAUAUAGCGUUGUCUCUCGUGGCGCAAUUUGACGAUAUAAAUCGUUUGAAUGGUGUUCUAAACGACGGAGCAGCAGAAGAAUGUUUCCUAGCAUUUGCAAAGCAAAUGGAAUGGGUCCGAUCCCAGUGGGCAUCGGCCCAGGCAGAAGCGGUCCGUCUCCAGACAGAAUUGGAUGAGGCGCUCCGGAAACUGGAGAAAUGGGAAGCCAAGUUUACACACGUCCGGAAGCUUCUAGAUGGAGAGAAGAGGGAGAGGAAUAUUGUGCUGAAAAAGUAUAGUGAAUUGAGCAAACUGCUGGAGAUGGCGCGAGACCUGCUCUUCAACGACAACCGCGCCAAACUGAACGAUGAGACCCUGCAGAAGCUGGCCUUCCUCAACGGCACUGCUCAGCAGGAUCACAACGCUAAACUCACUGGAGUGCCGGAGUUAAACUCCACUGGCACAUUGCUAUCAGAGAUGUCGUAUUCGCGUUCAGAAGACGACCUGGACAUCUCGAUCGCGUCCACUCGCCGCUCGUGGGUGCAGCGCGGCGGUUGGACCGCGCGCGACAACCCGCCCGCGUCCAAAAAACGCCGCUCGUCUACCUCAUCCGCUACUAAGACGGUAGAAUUGCAGGGCGGUAAGGUUCUAGCGACCGCCACCACCACAUUGACGCUGGAGCGCGCGAACACCAACCACGACCUGAAACCGCCGCAAAACUUCCAGCCAAUAUCGGAGAGUAGCGACGAAGCGCCGCCGAAGUCCCCGGCGCGGGUGUCGGGCAAGCACCGCGUGCAGCUGCACGAGCGCGCGCACUGCACGCCGUGCACGCCCACCGCACCUCCGCGCACGGAUUCUGACAGCGUAUCAGAUACUCCGCGUUGUGUCCCUCAGCGUACUCCAAGCGUGGUGUCAGCGCAAUAUGGCGGAUCACCUCGCGCGAGGCCGAAGCUCCACAACUUUGUGUCCAAGAACUUCUACAAGAGGGAGAAGUGCGGUCCGUGUGGGAAAACGAUCGGUUUCGGCAAGGCGGGCAUAAAGUGCGAGUCGUGCCGUGCGCAGACGCACGCGGAGUGCCGCGCGCUGCUGCCGCUGCCGUGCGUGCCGCCCGGGCCCGUGCCGCACAACAACUGCGCUCAACAAGGCAGCAUCGCGGACUACGCCCCCCGCUCCCCGCCGAUGGUGCCCGCGUUGUUGGUGCACUGCGUCAACGAGGUGGAGAAGCGAGGGCUGAGCGAGAGGGGGAUAUACCGCGUCAGCGCGCUAGAGAAGGACGUCAAGAGGCUCAAGGAGCGCUUCCUCCGCGGCUGCGGCUCCCCGCAGCUCGCGAACGAGGACAUCCACGUGCUCUGCGGCUGUAUAAAGGACUUCCUGCGAUCGCUUAAAGAGCCUUUAGUGUCCAACACGCUGUGGGGCGACUUCAUGAACGCGGCCAAACUGUCGGAGCCCAGCGACGCGACCGCCGCCGUUGUGCAAGCGGUCACACAGCUGCCGCAGCCCAAUAGGGAUACUCUAGCGUUCAUUGUGCUGCAUUUGCAGAAGGUGGCAGAGAGUCCAGAGUGCGAGAUGGGCAUAGAGAAUUUGUCCAAGAUCUUCGGCCCCACCAUCGUGGGCUACGGCCUCAUGACGCAGGCCGCUGAGAUGUACACCGCCACUGCGCAGAUGUUCAAUGUAAUGCAGCUGUUGCUGCGACUGCCGUCGGACUACUGGGCGCAGUGGGCCUGCCCCAGCAUGGGGUCCCCCCUACAGCAGACCUUCACUAAACCCAGAGGAUUCUUCUUCUCGCCCGCUGACACUGGUGUGGCGCGGAAAAAGAGAAACUACUUCCAAUAACGGUAACCUAAUUUUUUUGGGGUUUUCUCCAUGCCUAUAGUAGCCGUGGAUGAAAAUGGCUGUUUUAUAUAGGUAUAUAGGUAGAUAUUAUAUAGUUUGUAUACGUUGCUCUUGUAUAUGUUGUUAGGCUUAUUUAUUUCUGAAUAAAUGUUCCACUUGACAUAUAAUUCCAUAUUAAGAUUUAGUACGUCAUUUGAUUGCUUUCAUCGAGUUUUCUUUAUUUUGUUUAUAGCUUCCAUUACUUUGACUUCAAAAGUUAUUCAAUUAUUAGUACUAAAUAUUCAUGCAUAGGAUCUAUUUGCAUGAAAGAAAUCUCGCGGUAAUCUAUGCGUGGUGCGACUUUGCUAUUUACAUCUCACCAUCGAGUCGAUUCGCAGUGAGACGCCGCUAACCAAUCACAGUACGCCGUUGUGACGCGACGACAACCACACCGCAAUGUGAUUGGUUCGCUGCGUCUCACUUAAAAUGGAUUCGAUAGGGGGAAGUGAAAUGCAAACCCGUAAUUCGCUCUCUGAUUGGCUGUUGUGUUGCUGUCAGCGACUGGUGUCGUUUUCAUAAUUUGUUUAAUAAAAUAUAAAAAACACCUCGAUCACUUCAAUUAUAAGUAGGUAUAUAUUUAAGGUAAUACCAAAGUACAAAAUUUUGGUCGUAACACGUAUAGUCUAUGCCUGUUAAUCAUAAAAAAGAUAAGGCAUACUCUAAAGCAUGUUUUGUCUCGUUCUGUCAAUGCCAAAUUUUGUAAAGUGCGAUGGUGACAAAACAUACUUUAGCUUGUGGUAAUGUUUCUAUUUUAUGAAUAGGAUAGGAACACAACUAACAUUUUUUUUUGUAAGUACAUCACUAAAUUCUCUGUCUAAAUAAGGUUUUUUUAAGGUGGUCAGGCAUUUACCACCAAACUGUAAACCAUUUAAAAUAUAGAUCUGAGUUUUCAGAAUUGUUAGCUUUUAUUUUUUGAAAAUUUAGUUUUAAGUUUUGUACUUAAUUAAAUUAGGUUUGUUAACCAUUUGAUUACUCUUGUAUCGUUUUAGGAUAUUAGGUUUUGAUUAUAAUUAUCGCUGUAUUCAACAAACAAUAUUUCACAAAAUAUACGUAAUAUAUCUUUAGAGUAUUUACUUAGUAAAUAGGUGAUGGUAAAUGCUUCAUAUAUAAUUUUUGUUUAUAUAAAUAGACAUGCAGAAAAACAUUUUCGAUUAUAAAUAAAAUUAUUUCCAUUUUUUAUAAAAUAGUUGUAAUACUUAUCAAAAGCGAUUUUUGCUAUUCUGUAAAUAUAUUAAUUUGUAUCUUGCAGCUUUAUUUUUGAUUAUAUAUUAUAUGUUACACUUAAACACCAAAGUGCGGCUAUAUCUAGGUUUAGCCGGUUAGACCUAAGUAUGUUCGGAUAGAUCUAGAUUUAGCUUUUAUCAUUUCAAUUAGCCCAAGUAGCCACACAAUGGUGUUUAGCCGUGACGUAUACAUGACGGUUAUAAAAGACAUAUACCAAACAGCAUUACGUACACAUAUAUUGUAUAUAUAUACAAUAUCAGUUAAAAAUACUUUUUUCACUAAAAAAGCAUAUUAGAUUUUAGUUUAAAAAAUCAUUGCGCUAGUCAUAAAGACUAGAAGUUAAGAUUUCUCUUCAAAAUGUAAACUGUUUGUAUUAUUUGACUUUAAAUGAAAUAAAAUCUAACGCAACUUUU